AUGGCUUCCACCGACCUCGCGGCCUCUGCUGCCAAUGGCCGCACCAGUUUCAGCCGCAGCGGCAGCGAGCGGAGCGCCCGGACGGGACUCAAACUGGGCGCUAAGCCGAAGAAGAAGAUGACGAUAAAGCCCUUUAAAGUCACGCCCAAAUUGCCCGAGGCGUUCGAAGAAACGACGUGGAAAACGCUCGAGGACGCAGUGCACGCAGUCCAUCGUAAACAGAUGACGUCGCUGAGCAGAGAAGAGCUCUAUCGCUCGGUCGAAGACAUGUGCACGUGGAAAAUGGCAACCAGGCUGUACACACGGCUCGAGGAGACAUGUGCGGUGCACGUUCGGGAGCGCGUGGAAGAGCUGGCGCAGUACAUGGGCGGCAAUAAGGAUCUGUUCCUCGAAGCCGUGCACCGACUGUGGGAAGACCAUUGCGAAGAUAUGCUGGUGAUCCGCACGAUUUUCCUCUACUUGGACCGCACGUACGUCAUGCAGACGCCGCACGUUGCGUCCAUUUGGGACAUGGGGCUGAACUUGGUGCGCGAUAAUUUCGUGCAACGCCAGAGCAUGGAGACGAUGCUGAUUGACUCGCUGCUGGACUUGGUCGAGUCCGAACGCGAGGGCAAGGCGAUCAACCGCACGUACCUGUACGCGUUACUGCGGAUGUUGCUGUCGUUGCAUUUGUACCACGCGGAUUUCGAGACGCCGUUUUUGAUGGCAUCCGAGCGGUUCUACCUGCACGAAGGCGCCACGACGAUCGAGUGUAUGAGCGUGUCGCAAUUUCUCGUGCAUGUUGAGAAGCGCCUGCACGACGAAAUCGAGCGCGUGAACAACUACCUGGAUGCAUCGACGAAGAAGCAGCUGAUUCUGGUGGUCGAGAGCAAAUUGCUGAAACCGCACGUAGCCACGUUGCUAGAGCGCGGGUUUGAAUUAUUGAUGGAAGAAGGCCGAAUCGACGACCUGAAGCGGAUGUACGCACUCUUCGCCAGGGUCGAUGCGAUCAACGAUCUGAAGACAGCAUUUUCGGAUUACAUUAGGAAGAACGUGUCGAAGCUGGUCAUGGACGAUAAGCAAGAAAAGGCGUUUGUGGAGAAAGUGCUCAAGCUGAAAGCUGACUUGGACGCGGCACUUAGCGACUCGUUCCAAUCGAAUGUGGACUUUUCAUUUGCAAUGAAGUCAGCAAUGGAGACUGCGAUCAACGUGCGUGCAAACCGUCCGGCUGAGCUUGUGGCAAAAUUCGUAGACGCCAAGCUUCGCACCGGCAACAAAGGUGGCACUGAAGCAGAAGUGGAGAGUCUGUUGGACCGUGUAAUGUUUAUUUUCCGGUACAUCCAAGGCAAAGACGUGUUUGAGGCGUUUUACAAGAAAGAUCUUGCGAAGCGCCUUCUCGUGGGUAAGAGUGCUUCAUUUGACUUGGAAAAGCUGAUGCUGUCCAAGCUGAAAACCGAGUGCGGGAGCUCAUUUACGAACAAGCUCGAGGGCAUGUUCAAAGAUAUUGACCUGUCGCAAAAUGUGAUGAGCCAGUUCCAGCAACACGCUGCAAGCAGGAACGCGCUGGAGGCUUUGCACGGACAUUGUGGUAUUCCUGACAUGCAAGUCCAAGUUCUCACGACUGGAUUCUGGCCACCCUACGCUGCGGUUGAAAUCAACUUACCUGCAUCGCUGGUCCCGCUCAAAGAGAUAUUCGACAAGUUUUAUUCGUCCAAGUACCAAGGACGUCAGCUUCAGUGGCAGCACUCUCUUGCACAGUGUGUAGUAAAGGCCGCGUUUCCGUCGGGCAAGAAAGAGCUCGUGGUAUCGCUCUACCAGACCGUGGUCUUGCUGUGUUUCAACGGAGCGGAUUCGCUAGGUUACAAGGAGAUCAAGGAACAAACGCGUAUCGAGGACGGCGAGCUUCGACGGACGUUGCAAUCGCUUGCGUGUGGCAAGACGCGGGUGCUGCAGAAGGUACCCAAGGGCAAAGACGUGAACGACGACGAUGUGUUUGUAUUCAACAGCCACUUCACGAACCAAUUCAUUCGCAUCAAGAUCAACUCCAUCCAAAUGAAGGAGACAAAGAAGGAGAAUGAAGAUACGCACGAGCGCGUGUUUCGAGAUCGCCAGUACCAGGUGGACGCCGCAAUUGUCCGCAUCAUGAAGGCGCGCAAGAAGUUAUCGCAUGCGCUACUGAUGUCGGAGAUCUUCACGCAGGUUCGGUUUCCUGCAAAAGCUGCCGACAUCAAGCGCCGUAUUGAAAGUCUCAUUGACCGAGAGUACCUCGAGCGGGACUCGACCAAUGCCCAGAUGUACAACUAUUUAGCGUGA